GAUUCAUCCCGCAGGUUGCGGGGUUACAACGUCAUGUCGACCCUAAAAAUGAAAGUACAUACUCUUCUUCCCCCACCAUCUCUCUUAAAGGAAAAAAAAAACCAGAAUAAAAGAAACCUCACCAUGUCCGUUCCCGAACAAGCUGUAUUCACCUUCCUGCCUUUGGGCGCCAUCAUCCAAGAGUUCCGAGUCGGCGACAAUAACAUCGUUCUGGGUUUCCCCACGCAAGAGGACUAUGUCAAGCACAACUCCCCACACUAUGGUGCCACCAUCGGCCGCGUUGCAAACCGCAUCAAGGAUGGUCUGAUCCAGAACCUGAAUGGCCAGAAGAUCCAAUUGACGCAGAAUAACGGCCCCAAUUCCCUGCAUGGUGGUGAGAAGGGUUGGGGUAAGCGCGUCUUUGACGGUCCACACACAGUCCGGCGCAAUGGCCACGACGCCUUGCUGUUCAAGUACCUGUGCAAAGAUGGUGAGGAGGGGUACCCCGGUACCGUCGAGGUGCGCGUAUGGUACACCGCCAGCAAGGAGGGUGACGCCAAGACCGUGCUGACGGCCGAGUACGAGGUGGAAUUCAUUGGCAACGAGUGCGAGGAGACUGUAGUCAAUAUCACCAACCACAGCUACUUCAACAUCGGCGAUGGCCCCGAUAUCUCGGGCACCACCGCCCAGCUCGCCACAGGCGACUAUCUGCCCCUCGAUAGCACAGGCAUCCCCUCGGGUGAGAUCGCCAAGUUCCCGCGUGACGUGACAACCCCGUUCACGCUCGCCGCAACGGGCGCACACAUCGACGACGUCUUUGUGCUGGAGUCCGAUCCCAGCAAGAUUCCCUUGGACACUCGUGGCUUGCCGCUGCGCCGCCUGGCACAGUUCAGCAACGCAAGCACGGGCCUGCAUCUUGAGGUGCACAGCACCGAGCCUGCAUUCCAGUUCUACACUGGCAAGUACGUCGAUGUGCCGUCGAUCAAUGGUGCGCCAGCACACCAUGAGGGGGCUGGAUUCUGUGUGGAACCUAGCCGGUUCGUGAAUGCGAUUAACGAGCCUGAGUGGCGGUCCAUGGUUCUGCUGAAGAAGGGUCAGUUGUUUGGCUGCAAGACUAUUUACAAGGCGUGGAAGGAUUGAAUGGGUAUAGCAAAAGAGGUAAAUCAGUAUCGCAGUAUAGCAGUAUAGCAGUACAUAAGUGUACCAAGAGACAUUUUCACAUUCAAGUCAGAGAAGUGGAGACUUGAACGAGCCUAGACAUGUAUAUUUUUGAUUAUUAUACAAGGAACCUCGGCAUUGUGCUCCGUAU